AUGAAGUUGAUCCUCAUAGGAUUAGCUCUACUUCAAAUCGCUCCUGAGCUCAAUGCUCAACGAGGUGGUGUUACCACGGUGUUCUACGAAGAAUUGAACUACCGUAGAGGAAAAAAAGCAGGAGAACUUGAAAUCGCGAAUAUGAAUUUCAUAAACUACGAUGAGGAUUUGGAAGAUGUUUUGAUUGAAGAAGUCGAAAAAUACGAUGGAUGUCCGGAUGCCAUGAGUGUUCGUAAAAGAGGUCUCGAGUUCUAUCUCAACUCGGGUCAAAAUAUAGAAAUGCAGAAAGAACUUGUCACGAAACCAGGCCCCACAAGAGUUGCUUCGUUUUCUUCGGAGUGUGAAGGCAAGAAGAUUUUCAAUUUUGUUCUAGACUAUUCAUCUUCACCGGCUAUUCAUGGAACACCAGCAUCCCAAUGUCCUAAAGGAUCCACUCCUGGCGAACGUGAUGGGCCAAUGAGUAAUUUGUGCUUCAUCCCGUUUAAAUCCGUUGAUGAAACAGGACCUAACAUUCACCACUCUCAAGAAUACAAAUAUGCUCGUAAAUCUAUGAACAAUCGGAUGGAUAUCGUGAAAUCUGUUGUUGAUCCCUACGAUGGCCUCCCUCCAUGUCCACCUUCACCUAAGGUUGACUUAAGCUUAAGCGAACUCUUAGAUUGGGUCAAAAACAAAUACCAACGCAAAACUGCGAUUGGACCUGAGGAGUACUAUCGAGAACCUUAUAGAGGAUGUAGACCAAAUGAGCCGAGAAAUCCGUGGAUUGUCAAUUGA